GCUGCCGGGAGCGCGCCCCGGAGACCCGGCGAGCGCGCCGGGCGGAAGUCGGCCGCCCGCAGGGUCCGGGCCUUGCCGCAGGGAAGCCCCGCCGCCCGCGGGCCCCGGAGCCAGCCUGCACCGGGUCCCGCCUGCCCUUCGGUCUGAUGCCCGUCCAGCCCUCCAACCACCUGGAAUGGAAUGAGCCUAUGCACUCCCUCCGGAUAAGUGUGGGGGGCCUUCCGGUGCUGGCGUCCAUGACCAAGGCGGCGGACCCCCGCUUCCGCCCCCGCUGGAAAGUGAUCCUGCCGUCCUUUGUGGGCGCUGCUGUCCUCUGGCUGCUCUACUCCCACCGCCCACCCCCAGGCAGGCCCCCUGCACCCAACGCUCACAACUGGAGGCUCAGCCAGGUACCUGCUGACCGGUACAAUGACACCUACCCCCUGUCUGCCCCCCAGAGGACACCGGGCGGGACUCGGUACCGAAUCGCAGUUAUUGCCGACUUGGACACAGAGUCUAGAGCCCAAGAGGAAAAUACCUGGUUCAGUUACCUGAAGAAGGGCUAUCUGACCCUGUCAGACAGCGGGGACAAGGUGGCCGUGGAGUGGGACAAAGGCCACGGGAUCCUCGAGUCCCACCUAGCUGAAAAGGGGCGGGGCAUGGAGCUGUCCGAGCUCAUCGUCUUCAAUGGGAGACUCUACUCUGUGGACGACCGGACCGGGGUCAUCUACCAGAUCGAGGGUACCAGAGCCGUGCCGUGGGUGAUUCUGUCCGAUGGCGAUGGAACCGUGGGGAAAGGCUUCAAAGCCGAGUGGCUGGCUGUGAAGGACGAGCAUCUGUAUGUGGGCGGCCUGGGCAAGGAGUGGACCACCAGCACGGGGGAGGUGAUGAACGAAAACCCGGAGUGGGUGAAGGUGGUGGGCUGCAGAGGCAGCGUGGACCACGAGAACUGGGUGUCCAGCUACAAUGCUCUGCGGGCCGCUGCAGGGAUCCAGCCUCCAGGCUACCUCAUUCACGAAUCUGCCUGCUGGAGUGACACGCUGCAGCGGUGGUUCUUCCUGCCGCGCCGGGCCAGCCACGAGCGGUACAGCGAGAAGGACGACGAGCACAAGGGCACCAACCUGCUCCUGAGCGCCGCCCAGGACUUCAGCGACAUCUCCGUCAGCCGCGUGGGGGACGUGGUCCCCACGCACGGCUUCUCCUCCUUCAAGUUCAUCCCCAACACCGACGACCAGAUCAUUGUGGCCCUCAAGUCUGAGGAGGACGGAGGCAAGAUCGCCACCUACAUCAUGGCUUUCACGCUGGACGGCCGUUUCCUACUGCCUGAGACCAAGAUCGGCAACGUGAAAUAUGAAGGAAUAGAGUUUAUUUAAAUGGACAAAACUCAAACUAGCGAGGCCCAGAGGUGGACAGUUUUCAGCUCCAUCAGGACUCGAAUUCCAUAAAAACCAGAGACUGCACUUUUCUGUGGUGUUUUGUUUUGCUUUCUUUUCCUUUUCGGAACUUGCCUGGUUCAGGGAGUUCAGCCCCAGGGUGCGUGGCGUGGCGGAGCCCCGAGUGCCGGGAGCUGGGGACCCCUGUGUGCGCUGCCAUCUGGUGGCGGGAGCCGUCCCUGCAGGCACCCUGAGCUGCACACACACCCCCCCCCCCCCCACCUGGCCUCGCCCUUCCUCCCUCCGACCUCUCUUUCUCCUCUUUCUGUUUGUUCCUCCCCCAAUAAAUGUAUCUUGAGCUCCUGCUGUGCGUCCAGCACUGUGCCCCUCUGGGAACGAGACAGCGAGUCCGAAGUGGACCGGCCCGUCAGACACUCCCAGGCCACCUUCUUUUCUUCCGUCUUCGUGAACCUCGUGCAUUAAAUCCAGUUCUCCAGGUUCCUCGGAAAGCGUCUGUCUACACUGCAGAGGAUCGCAGGGCUGGUGGGUGAGGGCGCUUCAGGGACGCCUCUGCCCGGAUUCUGCCGGCAAGGACGCCCUCAGCCUCACAUCAGACAGUCUCCUCGUCGCGCGGCCGACUCCAGUGCUCCGUUCGGGAAACUUCUGUGGCCGUGCGGCACUUUGAAGUUGUAAUUAUUAACUUAUUUUAAUCAAACCAAUUUCCUUUCUCGGAGUCACCAAAUCGGAUCGCACAGAGCAAAGUCCCACAGUCAACAACUUCGUUUCCAGUGGCGGGGAGAUUGGAAUUAAGUUCUGACCGUUGGUAAGAUAAGAUUUUAACGUUUCCAAGUCCUUGGUCGAAGGAUACGAAGCUGAAGCGUUGCUUCGUAUGACCAGCUCCCAGAGCUUGUCAUGCCCUGAAAGGCUUCCACAAAUGUUCUCUUGUACUUCCUGACCCAAGUGGGACCCUACGUCCUGCCACACCCACCCUGGGUCCCGGGCGCUGGGCUCUGUCCUCAGAGGGUAGUGGUGAUGCCUGCCUGGCCCCACGGCUUCUGUCCUCUGACCUUUUGCUCCCCCUUCCCUGGGGAGCUUUGCAGUCUUUUUUUCUGGAAACUUCGCACAAACCCUGCCUGUCUGCAUCCUUUGGCCUAUUCUCCAUGCUCCAGGGCAAAGGCAGAGGGUUGGGACUGGAGCCUAGAAGGGCCCCACCGUCAGCCAUAGCGCCCCUCCCCUAAAGCUUCCUCUCCCCUCAGGAGGAUGUGGGGGACGAGGGGGAUGGCCUGGGAACGGCCGUCAGACUUUUCUCACAGACUCUAGGAAGGAGCCCAGUGAGGGUCCGUCUUGUGCCGCCGUGUGUUUCUUCCACGGCGGGACAGGCAGCGGAAGAAUGUGACACGUUUCGAUGGAACUCGGCUCCCGCAGGACACAGCCUGGAAGACCCGAGUCUUUUCUGACUUUGCCUGGCCGGGCUCCCUGACCCACGUCCUUCAUGAAUGUCACUGAUGCUGGGGCUGUGUGAGUUUUUAGGACAGAGGCGGAAUCAGGAAAGUCGGAGGGCUCGGAACAGUCACUAAGGUGAGACCUUUCAGCCACGGCCUAGGUGCCCUGAAGAGCAUUCCUGCUGUCUGUGAUUUUCAACUCUUUAAAGUGAGAGGGUUUUUGGUUUCUUGUAUCUGCUACUGUCGGUGUAAGGAUUGUGUUCCUUCCAACUGGAACCGUUGUUUUGUAAACAAUAAAGUGCCAGAGGGGA